UUCUCACUUCUCUCUUGCCUUGAAGCUUCAUCAGAGAGAAACCUUAGAGCUUUAAUUUCUGUGCUUAAAAAAGAAAUAUAAAAAUGGAGAUUGAAGCAGUUCUCUCUCAAGGUGGAAGUUCUGAGUUGUUGGAUCUUGAGAAUGGGGAUGUGUCAAACAAUGGUGUUGGGGAUUAUCAGAAGGGUGGUGCAUAUUUGGGGUGGAAAGAUCUGACGGUGGUGAUUCCAAACUUUGGAGAUGGACCAACAAAAAGGUUGCUUAAUGGGGUUACUGGUUAUGCUCUACCUGCUAGAAUCUUGGCCAUCAUGGGCCCUUCUGGCUCUGGCAAGUCCACUCUUCUUGAUUCUUUGGCAGGUAGACUGUCUACAAAUCUUGUCAUGACUGGCAAUGCCAUCCUUAAUGGAAGAAAAACAAAGCUCAACAGUGGUGCAGUUGCUUAUGUGACACAAGAAGAUUUAUUGAUGGGAACACUUACGGUAAGAGAAACAAUAACAUACUCGGCUCAACUACGGCUACCAAGCAACCUAAGACGAUCCGAGGUACACGAAAUCACAGAAAAUGUAAUCAUGGAAAUGGGGCUCCAAGAAUGCGCCGAUCAGCUGAUAGGGAAUUGGCACCUGAGAGGCAUUAGCGGCGGGGAGAAGAAGAGGCUGAGUAUUGCCCUAGAAAUUCUCACACAACCUCGUUUGAUGUUUCUCGACGAGCCCACCAGCGGCCUAGACAGCGCCGCCGCGUUUUUCGUCUUGCAGGUUCUCAAGAACGCCGCGUGCGGCGGCGGCAGAACCAUCGUCUGCUCCAUUCACCAGCCUAGCAGUGAAGUCUUCGCCCUCUUCGAUGAUCUUUGCCUCUUGUCUUCUGGCGAAACCGUUUAUUUUGGAGAAGCAAAAUCCGCCGUAGAGUUCUUUGCAGAUUCUGGAUUUCCAUGUCCAAGCAGAAGAAGCCCUUCUGAUCAUUUUCUUCGCUGCAUAAAUUCCGACUUUGAUACUGUCACUGAAACGCUUAUAGGGUCUCAAAGAAUAAAAGAUCCCAAAUGGUCGUCGGGUUCAACUAUAUAUUUCCAUACUGCGGAGAUUAGAGCAAGGAUUCUUCAGAAAUUCAGAUAUUCAAAGUAUGCAAGCCGAACUAGAGCCACAGUUGAAGAGAUAUCAUCCAUGAACGGAGUUGGAAUAGAAGGAUUGGGAGGAAGCCAGGCAAGAUGGUGGAAGCAGCUUGAGACAUUGAUAAGAAGAUCAUUCACAAACAUGUCUCGAGAUUUCGGUUAUUAUUGGUUGAGAAUAAUUGUGUACAUCAUCGUGUCUACAUGUGUGGGCACUGUGUUUUACAACGUUGGGACCAACCAUGAUGCGGUCCUGGCCAGGGGGGCGUGUGGCGGAUUCAUUGCAGGCUUCAUGACUUUCAUGUCCAUUGGUGGCUUCCCAUCCUUCAUUGAAGAAAUGAAGAUAUUUUAUAAAGAAAGAAGGAAUGAGCAUUAUGGAGUUGGGUUGUUCAUUCUCUCAAACUUCAUAUCUUCGUUCCCAUUCCUGGUUGUGAUGUCUUUUAGCUCAGCAGCCAUAACGUACCACCUGGCAAAGUUUCACGCUGGCUUCUUCCAUUUCAUAUACGCAUCCCUGGUGCUUCUUAGCUCCGUAGCUGUUGUUGAGAGCUGCAUGAUGGUUGUGGCUUCUUUUGUUCCUAAUUUCACCAUGGGACUCGUUACUGGAGCUGGACUCAUUGGAAUUAUGAUGGUUUCGGCUGGGUUUUUCCGGCUACUACCUGAUCUUCCAAAGGUUUUCUGGCGAUAUCCUGUUUCAUAUGUCAAUUACAUGUCAUGGGCUCUGCAGGGGGCAUACAAGAACGACAUGUUAGGGCUGGAAUUCGACGCCAUGAAUCCCGGCGAGCCGAAGCUGACCGGAGAAGUAAUCAUGACGGCAGUUCUUGGGUUAUCAGUGAGCUACUCAAAGUGGUGGGAUUUAGGAGCAGUGAUAGCCAUUCUCAUCUGUUACAGACUGGUAUUCUACAUGGUUCUCAAGUUGAGGGAGAGAGCAUUGCCAUAUGUGUACUAUCUUCACACCAAGACCACACUGCACCGUAUCAGCAAAAGGGCGUCUUUCAGGAAAACGCCAUCGUUUUCGUCGUCAAAGAGACAUCGCACUCUCAUCUCACUGUCUUCCCAAGAGGGUCUUAAUUCUCCCAUCAAUUAGAAAUUUGCAAUCAAAUCAAAAUUGUUUGAAUAAGAUCAGACCUCUUGCAUGUGCACAAGUUGAGACUAAUUAAACCUUCGUUUCACUUGUGUAGAUGUUCUCUUAAUUAUCUUUUUAGUUGUAGAUGUGUCCUUUUCACUUGUGGAUCAAAUAAAUCUUUGUUUAAUCCAAUUUUAACGAGGGA